AUGUCGUUGACGCCUGCGGAGGCAGCUUUCGAGGCGCGGCGCCACUGCAAUGCGCUGCCAUUGCGCACGAAUUGGCCUCAGACCCCCCUUGGAGCUGCUGUCGGAGCGGGGAGCUCGGCGUGCGUGAAGCUGCUCCUUCGGGCGCAGGCUGAUCCAGACAUUGAGUGUGAUCCUCUCGGCAGCACGGCGCUGUCUUGCGCUUGUUCGUCUGUCGUGAAGAAUGCAUCCGUGAUCGCGCAGCUGCUGAAGGCUGGAGCUGACGCCGACCGCGUCUCAAAUAGAGGUGGGUAUCAGUGCACACCGCUCACGUUUGCCUGCAUCCCAUCGUCGAGUGGGCAGCAGGAAGUGAAGGAGGAGCAGGAGGCUGCGGUUCGAGCGUUGGUUCGAGAGGGCGCUGACCUGCUCGCAACCAAUGCGGAUGGGUCGACGGCGCUGCAGUACCUGUUGCGGAACGGUCCCCGCGGAGGCAGCUCGCGCACGUGGGACAGCGUGCGCCUGCUCUGCGCGCUCGGUGGCAGGCAGCCCGGCGACGAGGAGGUUCUGGCGGACGAUGAGGAUCCCCUCGCGCGCUCGCUAGAUCGCUUCAUGCGCGCGACCGCCGACUACACGCCGCUCAUGCACCUCGCUGGCCUGCACGACACGAGACUCGUCCGGGCGCUACUGGUUGAGGACGGCUUUCCGCUACCGAGCCCGUUUCGCGCGCUCCCCUCGCUCCCGCCGCACAUACCGCACCCCUAUCAGACGCUUGACACUUCCUCGACCGGCCUCGACCAAAUCCGCUUUGGCAGUCACGGAGUCUACCCUCAGCACGAAGACGGGGAGUUUGGCAAGGAACUCGCCUCCAGCUUCGAGACCCGGCGGCUGCUGUCCUGGCACUACGUGAUGCGCGCUUGGCGCGAUACCUUCCGGGCGCGCCGCAUCGUCGUGUGGUGGCUCAAGGUUUCCUCGGAGAGGGCGUGCGCCCCCGACGGCCCGGCGCGCAAACGCGACCGCGAGGAGUUCGAGGCCGCGUUCGGAGCGGCGGCGGGGAUUGGUUCGUAG